CGCCCCUCGGCGCUCUCACCUCGCGCCGCCCUCGGCCCGCGGCCCCGGGGCUGAAGUGGAGCGGAGCCCGCCGGCCCGGCCGCGGCGCAGGCCCCCUCGGCGCGCCCCCAGGGUCGGCGUGGGCGGCGGGGACUCCGGGCACAGCAUUAAUGACCAGCCCGGGCCUGCGGGGCCGCCAUGGCAGGCUUCCUGGAUAACGUCCGCUGGCCGGAGUGGGAGUGCAUCGACUGGAGCGAGCGGAGGAAUGCCGUGGCCUCUGUGGUCGCAGGCGUCUUGUUCUCCGCAGGCUGGUGGGUGAUGAUCGACGCGGCCGUGGUGUACGCGAAGCCCGAGCAGCUGAACCCCGCCUUCCACACCUGCGGGGUGUUCUCCACACUGGCCUUCUUCAUGAUAAACGCGGUGUCCAAUGCCCAGGUGAGAGGUGACAGCUACGAGAGCGGCUGUUUGGGGAGAACAGGUGCUCGCGUCUGGCUCUUCAUCGGCUUCAUGUUGAUGUUCGGGUCACUCAUUGCUUCCAUGUGGAUUCUCUUUGGUGCCUAUGUGACCCAGAAUACUGACGUUUACCCGGGGCUGGCGGUGUUCUUCCAGAACGCACUGAUAUUCUUAAGCACGCUCAUCUACAAGUUCGGGAGAACUGAGGAGCUGUGGACCUGAGGUCGCUCUGGAACCUCAUUUCCUCUCCAUGUCCUAUUUGUGGAUACGUCUUUAUUAUCUUUUAAUGUAGUUUUCACAUCGUCAGAUAGGAUAGAUUGCACAUUAAAUGUGUUGCUUUGCACUCUUAUGCUCUGAGUUUUGAAAUAGUUUGAUGAGUUUUCUGUUUGUUUAAUGGCUAGAUUGUUAAUAUGUAUAUAAGAGUAUGCAGACAGAUGGUGAGCAUCCGCCUUUCAUUCCUGCUUAGGCUUGGUCUGCGUCCUGAGUCAGGGGUGUCAGCAUACGAUUUAGAGUUAACUGCUUUGCUUCAAAGUCCCCAAGAUGUACCAGAAAGUACAACUCUGUGUAGCUGAAAUAAGUGCCAAGCCAUUCAAAGGGUGUUUCAACAAAUUGUUAUUUUGUCUUAAAAGUGAGGUUUUUUAAGGGAAAUGUUUGUUCUUGUGUAUUAAAGAAGUGGAUUUUUAUAUGAA